AGAGGAGGAGGGAACCGAAGCAGGAAGGAAGGAAGGCGGAGAGGGAAGGGAGGCAGGCAGUGAAUGCUAACAAGCACCGUCGUAAUCAUAGUGCUCCGUAGGUAGGGUUUGAUAAAAAAAACCGUCUUGCCAUGGAGAGGAACGACGACCACUAUUAAACACCUACUAUGCGCCAGUGCCGCGUUAGCCCUGUGCGCGUGCAGCCUCACCGUCGUCGGCACGUUUGAUCUGAAAAACCGUAUUUUUCCGCUGAGUGAAAUGUAUCGCGACUGCUCGGGAUUCACAUUCUGACAAUGGAGAUUGAAAAUAUCGUGGCCAACACGGUUCUCCUGAAGGCAAGAGAAGGUGGAGGAGGGAAAAGGAAUGGUCGCAGUAAGAAAUGGAAGGAGAUGCUAAAACUCCCACACAUCAGCCAGUGUGAGGAGCUACGCUGCUCUAUCGACAGGGACUACACCAGUUUAUGUGAGAAGCAGCCCAUUGGUCGGCUGUUAUUCCGUCAGUACUGUGACACCAGGCCAGAGCUGAAGCGCUGCAUCGAGUUUAUGGAUACUGUGGCGAUGUACCAGCUAGCUCCUGACGAGAAGAGGAGGGAUUGUGGACUGAAUGUUUUAGACACAUACUUUAAUAAUGGGUCGGCAGCCCAUCUGCCAGACGUACCCCAGGAUGUGGUCGCUGGGUGCCGGGAGAGGCUGGAGCAGAGUCCUUGUAAGGAGCUCUUCAAUGACUGCACCAAAAUAGUUCGUGAUUAUCUGAGUGGAGCUCCAUUUUCCUCCUACCAGGAGUCAAUGCACUUCUCUCGCUUCCUGCAGUGGAAAUGGUUGGAGAGGCAACCAGUAACCAAAAACACCUUCAGACAUUACAGAGUACUAGGAAAAGGUGGAUUUGGCGAGGUUUGUGCCUGCCAAGUACGUGCCACCGGUAAGAUGUACGCCUGUAAAAAGCUGGAAAAGAAACGAGUGAAGAAAAGAAAAGGUGAAGCAAUGGCACUAAACGAAAAACGCAUUUUAGAAAAAGUUAACAGUAGUUUUGUAGUUAAUCUAGCAUAUGCCUAUGAGACCAAGGAUGCGCUGUGCCUGGUGUUGACCAUAAUGAAUGGCGGUGACUUAAAGUUUCACAUCUACAACAUGGGCAACUCUGGUUUUGAUGAGCAGAGGGCCAUCUUCUAUGCUGCUGAGAUCUGCUGUGGCCUUGAGGACCUGCACCGUGAGAGGAUAGUAUACAGGGAUUUGAAACCUGAAAACAUCCUUCUGGAUGAUCGUGGACACAUCCGAAUUUCCGACUUGGGCCUUGCUGUUCAAAUCCCUGAAGGAGAGACGAUACGAGGGAGAGUGGGCACUGUUGGAUACAUGGCUCCCGAGGUGAUCCAGAACGAGAGCUACAGCGUCAGCCCUGACUGGUGGGGGCUGGGAUGCCUGAUCUUUGAGAUGAUACAGGGCCAGUCGCCCUUCCGAAAGCGCAAGGAGCGUGUCAAGCGGGAGGAGGUGGACAGACGAGUGCGCGAGGACCAGGAGGAGUACUCUGAUAAGUUUGCAGAGGAGGCAAAGGACAUUUGCAGACAGCUCCUGGUUAAGGACCCCAAGGAGCGACUGGGUUGUCAGGGUCGAGGGGCCAUAGAGGUCAAGCAGCACCCCAUCUUCAGAAACAUCAACUUCAAACGGCUGGAGGCCAACAUGCUGGACCCUCCCUUUAGCCCUGAUCCUCGGGCCGUGUAUUGUAAAGACGUCCUGGACAUUGAGCAGUUCUCCACUGUCAAAGGCGUGAACCUUGACCCCACGGACGACGACUUCUACCACAAGUUUGUCACAGGCAGUGUCUCCAUUCCGUGGCAGAACGAGAUGAUUGAGAUGGAGUGCUUCAAAGAAAUCAACGUCUACGAGACUGACGGCACGCUGUGCUCAGAUCUGGACGUGAAUCGGCCUAAUCCUCCACCAAAGAGAGGCUUCUUCUACCGCCUGUUCAGAAGAGAGGCAAGUGCUAGUGCUCCGGCAACUGUCCGAGGGGGUGGGGGCUAAGGUCUGUUUUAAGAGCAGUUACAGCGACGACGAGAUCGAGGAGCCCUCGCGACUUUAAACCACUCCCUCCACCUGUCGCCUCCUCCUCUUUCUCCUCCUCCUUCUCCUCCUCCCACCCCUAUCCGCUGAACUUCACCACAAACUCCAACCAAGCGCGAAUCUUAGGAACUCAGUGAAUGUUGACCUGUAUUUAUGAGCUGUAUUAAAAGUGUAUUAUAAUUAAAGAAAAAAGUAUGAGUUUAAAGAUUUUGUACAUUUGUACUUGAAUUUAUGUCUAGAUGUAUAUUUUCACUAAAGGUUGUAUUGUACAAAAAGCCAUAAAAGUACCACUUGAAUGCAUACAUUAUGUUUAGAUUUCCGUUUCUUUUUCUUUUGGAAUGAGUAUGAUGAUGUGUAUCGGGAUUUAAAUAUUUUUUUUUUUUAAAGAAGCACAGUACCAGUUUUUGUUCUUUUUUUUCAAUUUCUUUUCAAUGUAGCAUAAGGUCUUUUUUUUAACAUGUGCUGUAUGUUUGUCAUUGAUUUGGUCAACAUGACGUGUUGUUAGCACAUCAGAUCCACCCGGUUCCCAAACUAACACUUAGCCUCUGCCCCCUUAAGGCUCAGGUAGAUCUGAAUGAAGCACAUUGAUCCAAAUGGGAGAAAAUAAUUCCAGUCUAGCAUUGCUGUGUUGAUGCCAUGCUCCACCUGCCCCUUUUAGACCUAAAAUUGGUUUUGAAGUGAUGAUCCACACCCUUCCAUCAGCUCAGUCAGUUAGGUUGCUCUGGACUGUAUGUCAAGUGUCGUAAACCGUCUUCUAGGUGCCUGUACCUACUACAUUUUUGCAGAGAUAGCAUGGAUUUAUUUCCGACAAUAUGGAAUCAGCAAGUGCACCAACUAGUAUAUUUAAAGUAAAUAUCACAGAGGCUUUUUUCGGUGAAAGAAGGUCUGAUAAUUAUUAUUCCUGUUUUCCAAAAUGUUCUCAUGGGCUUCUAAAAAGCUCAGAUCUUUAAUUUCAGACCGUUUCCUUCUGGAGAACAGCUGUUUAAAGCCUGUUACAUUAUUCACUCAGGCAAAACAUGUCUUUUGUUUAUCUUUAUUCCUCAUCACUUUAUAUAUAUAUAUAUAUAUUUUUACGGCUUCUUUUGUUGUACUAUCUGGCUUUUCUUUGUUUCUUUCUGAUGUGUCCGGUUAUUGUUAUAAACCUGUUUCAUGUGCCGAGCGGAAAUCCUUUCCCCUAAAAUAUCUUAGUAAUUUGCCACCCAUAUUUUCCGUGUACCAGAAAGCCAGGUGGAGUUGGAACACCUGACAUGAUGAUAAUGGUGGUGGCACUGUAUAAGAGAUCUGAUUUGCAGCUGACGAGAGCUUCAUCUUGAUAACAAAUUGCUGUUGCAUCAAAUGAACUUCCAUUGAUUAGGCUGUAAGCAGCUAUUAGCCUCUGUCAAGAUACAGCCUGUUGAUAGAUAGCACGAUGCCUGAUGGACACACAUCCCGCGAGUAGACCUGCAGUUAGAUCCUGUGGCUUUGGCUGUGUUUGUACUAGAUGAAAAUACAAUUAUUUUUUUUUAAAGCGUAAUAGCACCCACCGUUAACUAUUCCAUUUUAAAACCUGUAUGUUGUGACGUAGGAAUGGCUUGGAACAGUUGUUUGUAUGUGUGUAGACCGAGAGGAACAGGGGAAUAAUGUUUAUUAGCAUCCUGCAGGCAGAGUUGCCAUCAUGUGUGUAUGGGAACAGUGGUCCACUUGCAGAACCACAGCUGCUGUGCACUUUUGUUUCCUCAUAGACUGAGUGUUUACUUCCAAGUUAACCAGUCGUGAACAAAUGCAUUCGCUGUACAUUUCUCAGCAUGUUCUAAUUGUUUUUCUCAUUUGCAUUUCGGAGGCAUUUGAAGCCGUUUUGCUUUUGAAUUUAGCUUUUAAGGCAGUUGCUGUUUGCUCCCCAUCACCUGUUUUUAAUGCUGUGAAUAACUAAUCUGGACAUGUUCACUGUGUGUGUGUGUGUGUGUGUGUGUGUGUGUGGGGGGGGGGGGGGGUCAUUGUAAGCAGAUGCAGCUUCUGUUCAAUCUGAUGCAUUGAAGUACAACAAUACAAUAGUUAGAAAUGUCAAUGUCACUCAUUCAAAAUUGAAACCGUUCAAGACAUUACAAUUAAAAUGGUACUCGUAAAAUUUACCAUCCUGAUAUCUAAUUUGAAAAGUUGGCUUGUUCUAAACAUGUUGUCCCCUGCUGCACAUUCCAUUGUCAAAAAUCAGGAAUCGAAUGUGUUCAUCUGUUGCUGGCUCGUCAUCACUUAUUAUUUUAUUUUUUUGCUCUCAGGCACAUUUUGAAGCUGAUUUAUCUUGCCUAUGUAGAUUUUAGCCUUUUAGCUCUUUAGCCUCAAAAACCUUGUAAAUGAUGUAUUUAUAACAUGAAACUAAGACACACUCACUCUCACAGGCAAACUGAACUGUGUUUGCCACCCAUGCCUCUGUCAUUGUUUGAACUUUGCUCUUAUACCAUCCAUAUAGCAGUAAAGAAAGUGUUUAGUUCAUUGCACUAUGGUGUGUUUUGACUGACUAUAGGAAGUGUCUUUAACUUUUUUGCCAAUGAUACCAAAAGCAACAUCAAGUAAAUCAAACUUGUCUUGUCUGAAAAUUUACUGAAGAAAGACUGACAGCCUUUAUUAUAUGUGCCAGUUAUGUUCUGACAUCCCGCCCCUUUUUUUUUUUUUCAGCCUCUUUUCUAUCAUUCCGUCCAUUCUGAGAAAUUCCUUCACAUAAAGGAACUUUAAACAGCUCUACAGGUUUUGAAUGUCCGCACUAAGUGCAUUGUAAUGCCUGUUUUAAAGAAUACAUAUGUUUUAUUACUCAAGCAUGUAUUGGUUUGUAAUACUUCAGGUUCCUUGUAUAUGUAAAUGAUGACCUAGUGCCAACAUAUCUCACUGGCAUCUGAGGACAACUUUCUAAAUGGCAAGGUGACCAGCUGAGUUGGCCCCCGUUUAAAUUCCCAACAUGCAUUCCUUCUCUCCUGCCUUACUCCAAGGCGAUAGUGGUGAGUUGGGAGCUGGGAUGACGCUCAUCAGCAACGUUUAGACGUGAGAGAUCCUCAGUUCCUUGACGUCACUUUGGAAUAACCACCGAUUAAAUGCCUGGAGGUUCUCCAGGGUUUCCCACUCUUCUGUCCAGAUAUGUCAGAUCAGUGAUAGUUUCAAGGAAGGGAGGAAUGACAAAUGCAUUAUUGGUAUUCAAACGAGGCCUCGGACUUCUUGAUUUUUCUUCUUUUUUUGUAUCUGUACAGUCAUGUCGUUCAACCACUGCAGUCAUUGUUAAUUCUUGUACAAGUUGUAUCACUGGUUGUUGUACCAUAUCUGACAUUUGUAAUUAUGAAAUAAUACACUGCCAUUUGUAUAAAAAAUA